AUGGCACUGAACCGGAAUUUCCGGACGACUUAUUACAAGACGCUAGGUGUGCCUGUGGUGCAGCAUAUUGUAGAUGCGGAGGCCUCGUUUGCAGCGUUACUUGGCGAGAAAGCAGUGAACAUGCCACAGCUGCUGAAACUGGCGCUGGAAUUGGGCAUUGUGCCUCAAUAUCGAGCCAGGCUUUGGCUGCUGCUAGCGGAGGUAUUGCCACCCUACCCGGAAUUAUGGAGUUUUGCGCUGGAGGAGCGGCGGGUCAUGUUUGAGGAUAUUGUAAGUGCUGCACAGGUUUUACAGAUUAAAGAUAUGAUGGAGGGCGAUGAAGGAGAGUACUACAAUUUCAUUGAACUACUGGAGAAGAAAGAAGAUGGACGGAAAAAGAAGACGUCGAUGCAGGAUCUGAAGCGAUUAGUGCACUUGCAUCGCACGUAUUACAAAGACAUUAUGGCUUCUAAUGCACCGCUCUUGUGUGGGAUGGACGACCAGAACUUCUUACUGAGUGUGGCUCGCGUGGUGUGUGAAGUGUUGACACACGAAGCGGAACGGUUCUGGGGUUUCACGAGAUUGUUAGAGUUAUUUCAUGAUGGACUUGAGCUUGUGGAUCCUAGGGUGACUUUGGAGAUGCUUUAUGAUCCACAACUUUCUGACUUUGAAGAAAUAUUUCUUCGAACGCUGGAUGUCAAGCGGAGGCGACUGACUGCGGAUGGAGCGACCUCGAGUUUGCAUUUGCUUAAAAGCGGAUAUGACGAAGAGUAUGGAAGACGACGGUUCUAA